AUGAAGACUCAUUGGGAAGCUGUAAAGGUGAUAUUGCGAUACUUGAAGGGAAUGACGGAUGUUUGCUUAGUGUAUGGAGAAAAUAUGAAGAGUAACUUGGUGGGAUAUGUUGACUCUGAUUAUGGUGGUGACUUGUUGAAGCAUAGGUCACUGACGUGCUACAUAUUCACUUUAUUCGGAUGUGCCAUCAGUUGGAAGUCAACGUUACAAGAUACCGUUGCUUUAUCUACAACUGAAUCCGGGUACAUGUCAUUGACAGAAGGAAUAAAGGAGGAGAUAUGGUUGCAAGGGCUUAUUUAG